AACGUGGGGCACAAAGGGUUGAGAUGACAACAGAUCUGGCCGGAUUGAUAGUCACUUGUCACAAUGCCGAUUUAUUGGCUCUCAAAGUUGUUUCUCUUGAUCUCACAGUUUCAGAAUGCAGUACAUUACUUAGAGCCGGUAUUUGCUGUGUUGGUGUUUAUCAAGUGUGGGGCCUGGGCUAAGGUUCUUGUCUCACUGUGCUUUAUGGCAAUGACUUGUAAUACGGGCGGGCUCCAGCAGCAGGGCGGGACGGACGUGGCCGUGGACUUGUACCUGGCCGUCCGGCUGCUCUUCACCGGCCUGGCCCUCGCCCUCGCCUCCGUCUUCGUGAGGCCGCGGGGAGCCGAGGGGGGGCGGCCCCGGGAGCCAGCGGCGGCCGAAGCAGCACGGGAGAGCGGCCCCGGGGACCAAGCGGCGGCGGGAGCGGGGCCGGAGGCCGGUAGGGAGCAGCUGCCGGUGGAGGAGGCCGGGGAGGGGGAGGAACGAGAGGAGGCGGCGGAGGAGCCGAGCCCCGCGGGGGAGCCGAGCCCCAGGGAGGAGCCGAGCCCUGCCACGGCCGGGAGCAUCCCCCGGAAGCCGCCUUCCGAGCCCCAGGAGAAUGUGGAGAGCAAGGUACCACCUUUGGGAGCCACACCUGGGCCCAGCCGCGGGCACCCGGGACAACUGGAGGAUGUUUGGGGGUACCACGAAGCAGUUCCCAGCAAGGCUGAGGAGGAAGGUCUGGACUCAGAAGAAGAGAAGCUGGUGGUUAGAGAGCCAGCAAGCACAGCAGCUACACCAGCCCCAGUGACAAGUACAGCAUCAUCAUCUGAGAGUUCUGAAGGUUUUGAAUGGCCUUUGGGUACCCUUGGGACCUGCCUGCUGAUUGUGAUGGGGAUCAGCAUGUUGGCACACACACAGAUUGUGUUCUACCCACAACCAUUUUGUCUGAUCUCAGAAGUUAAGCAGAGUCAGGUUUGGGUCUUGUCUGGGGUUAGACGACAAUAUAGCAGGAUCAGGAGAUUUUCCCCAAGGCUGGACAGUCAUGAGCGGCAGGGUGUGUGGGACAGUAUGGGCAAGUAUCUAGUCCACUGGGCCCCUCCAGUGCUUUGGAAGUGUCGGAGUUGGAAGGCAGCUACGACCAGGCAGCAACCUUCCCACCCAACUUCGGAUACACCGGAGCCUCCCCCGAGGAUUCGCGUGGCUCCUCGUGGCCCGCGUCCUGCUCGGGAAGCCGUGAAGGUGGCACAAGCGCAGGGCGGCCCCACAAGAGCAAGGGACGCCCCUGCUCUCGCUGCGCGGCCAGGCUGGGGGCAUCCAUCCCUACGGUCCACAGCGCCGGAGCUGGGGGACCGCCCGCAGGCGACCGCAUCCCCGCGGCGGGCACCGCCGGUGGAGCAUCACCGGGGACCGCCUCGCCACAUCCCGGCAUCUGCCUCCUGCCGCCCCUGCCCACCCCGCUUCAGCGGCUUCCGCGACGGGCGCAAGUUGCGAGGCGGCGGAGCGGCGCGCAGCCCCCGCUCCCGCAUUCCUCCUGGCAGGGGAGGUGCCGGGGCGGUGCCGGAGCGCUGGCGGCGGAGUUUGCCGGUCCGGCUGGUGCCGCCCCUCCCUGUGUUUUCUUCGUUGUUCAUUUUUGGCGGGGGGAGCGGUGGCGGGGGAGGGAAGCGCUCUGCUCUCCGCAGCUUGCCGCGGUGCGGAUGCGUAUGGACUGGUCUUCGUGAACACAGCUCCCGACGUUUCCCAAGCAAACCCAGACCCAAACAAACCACCCACUUGGAUAACUAA